AUGUCUCCUCAUUCAUCGAAUGAUGCUUCAAAUAUAGGUACAGGAAAAUUUGGUCUUUUAAGUCCUGUAUCAUCACCAAGACAAGAUUUGAAUCAAUCAUCUAUAUAUAUAGAAACUGCUCCUCCUCCACCUAAUUCGCAAAAUCCUACCGAUUUUCAUUCGCAUCAGAGGACUCAUCAUUAUCCUAACUCAUUCACUCCAGUUACACAAAAUAUCCCUAGAACUGAUUCAUCUCCACCCAUGUUACCUGAUAGACGAUCUUUACCAAAUAGAUCAUCUGAUAAUAAUAUAUAUUAUCAAGAAAUGGAUGCAAAACCUGUUAUAGACUCAUCAUUUGAACAUAAUCAACUUGAUCGUUCAUCACAUUUUCAUCAUAUACCAAAUAAUAAUGAUGUACCAACACCACAAUUCUCUAAUAAUGAACGUGAAAGUAUCAUUUCAAGGGAUUCCGAGUCUCGUGUAAGAAGACUUGGUUCCGAAUCGGACUCUACGUCUGUUACUAGGAUGAGUGUAAAUUCAUUACUAUGUUAG